AUGAAUCUCAUUUUGCUGCACAAAGAAGACCUUCUUAUAAAGGAAAAUGAGGCGUUUGCUGUUCUUAAAGGCCGCGAGCAUACCCACUGCCAGCAAGUGCUCAAGCUUAAGGUGGGCAGCCGUGUUAAGGUCGGAGUGACAGGAGCAGCCACAGGAGAGGCCGAGGUGGUUGCCUGCAAGCCACAGCAGACUGAGCUAAAGCUCUUAUCGAGAAUUGAUUUAAAUCCGGCAAAAGCUCCUUGGGAGCAUGUGGAAAUCGAUCUUCUGCUUGCAAUGCCCCGCCCUAAAGUGCUAGAGCGGAUGCUGCAGCUCUGUGCGGUCGUUGGAGUGCGCCGUGUCUUCCUGGUUUGUGCCGGUCGAACGGAAAAGGGAUUUUUGUGUUCUUCACGUUUGGCUGUUGAGAAUAUACUAGAGCAAUUCAAACUCGGCUUGGAGCAGGGGAUGUUGACACAGCCUCCUGAGCUGCAUGCAUUUGCGUCGUGGGAAGGUUUUCUGGCAGCUACCGCUGCAGCAGAAGAAGCAGCAGCCGCGCCAACAGCAGAAGCAGAAGCAGCAACAGAGCUACCAACAGAAUCUUCUGCCUGGUUACACUACCUGUUGCCCCCGCUGCGGCUCGUCGCGCACCCCCACGCUGAGCCAACACUGCCUCAAUUAUUAUUGCGUCCAUUUUCUACCGCCACAAGUUCCAGCCAGUUGCAGCAGCAGCAGCAGCAACAGCAACAGCAGCAGGAGCGAGCCGGCGUGCUGCUUGCUGUUGGUCCUGAGGGUGGCUGGAUUCCGCCAGAGAUGAACUUGCUGCAGCAGCAGCUGCGGUGCUUGCCCUUUCGUUUGACUGACAAAGUGCUCAAGUGCGAGACGGCGCUGACUGCUUGUCUUACACAGCUCACUAUGUGUUACGAAGACCCCAUGUUCCUACCGCUGCUGCGCUCUCCAGGUGAAGUCUACGCAGCAGCAGCAGCAGCUGCUGCUGCUGCUUCAGGUACAGCAAAUGACGCAACAGCAGCUGCCGCAACAGGGAAUGGAGAGGACCAGACAGCAACACAGAAGAGAGAGGCACACAAACGUCAAGGCGGACGAGAGGUGGUAAGGGCCAUAGGCGGAUUCCUCAUGACCUUUCCACUGCGCUAUGAAACACGAAGAAAUGCAGCGGAUAAGCAGCCUGAACAACAGCAGCAGCAGCGGCAGCGAGAGCAGCAGGAGCAGCAGGAGCACGUCUGA